AAGUAAAUAAUGUCUCUGUUUCUUUUCUUCCUCCUCUUCCUUGCAUCCUAUACCAAUGCUUGUGAUCGAUGUCUGCAUCAAGCCAAGGUUGCUUACUUCACCAAAGCUUCUCUACUUUCAUCUGGAGCUUGUGGGUAUGGUUCAUUGGCUAUGGACUUCAGUGGUGGAGCCCUUGCAGCUGCCGUUCCCAACCAUUACAAAAAUGGAGCUGGUUGUGGUGCAUGCUUUCAGAUAAGAUGCAAGCACACAAAACUGUGUACAAAACAAGGGACUCAAGUGACAGUAACUGAUCUCAAUCACAACAACCCAAUAGAUUUUGUUCUCAGCAGCAGUGCUUUCAUGGCCAUGGCCAAGAAUGGUAUCGGCCAAGACAUGCUAAGACUUGGAAUUGUUGACGUGGAAUAUAAAAGAGUAGCUUGUGGCUACAAAAAUGGGAAUUUGUGUAUCCGGGUAGAAGAAACAAGCAAAAGGCAGCGUUAUUUAGCAAUAAAAUUCCUGAACCAAGGUGGCCAAACUGAAAUUGUAGCAGUUGAUGUAGCUCAGGUUGGAUCAACAAAGUGGAGUUGGAUGAUCCGAGCAAACGGGAGUAUUUGGUCAGCAAGUAGUGUUCCUGAGGGAGCUUUGCAGUUUCGGAUGGUGAUAACGUCCGGAUACGACGGAAAGUGGGUGUGGGCAAGGAAUGUGGUUCUGGAUAAUUGGUCUAAUGGGGUGAUAUAUGAUUCUGGAAUUCAGAUCAACGACAUUGCACAAGAGGGUUGUGCACCUUGGGAUGAUGAGAUAUGGAAAUGA